UUGUGGCGGUUGCAUUCAUUCACGAGUGGGUCAGUGGGCCCUCAAACAACGAAUCGACCGGCGCUAUUCGGAGCGACCGGCGCUAUCACAGUACAGCAUGGCUUGGCGAAUCUGUGUGUCAAGCAAUGUCACCGGCGCUUUCGAGGGCCACGGGCGUUUUUCCACCGGCUUUGCUGAGGUCCCACUAGAGUGCCGUGGUAUAGUUUUCGUUUUUUGGGUGGGGGAUGAGGGAUACGGCCUCUCUCCCCCUUGUGGCGAAAGCUAUAUUUUUUGCGCCUUUUUCGUCUAGCCGUGUGAUGAUGUUUGGGCGGUAGGAUUAUUGAUUUGGUCUCUCUGUUUUUGUUGUGGGGACAACCAACCCUGCUUGGACUGCUGCACAGCAGCAUGGUGCCCUAAGUUACUUUCAACCAAGUGCGAAAAAGGAGAAGAACUAGUUUUUAUUGCCAAGACGCAGUCUUCGCCUGGCCCACUACAGCGAGCUGGAUUUCCAUAUGCUGUAACGAGAAGCCUUGUUUUUCGACAGGAAAUUUACUUUGGGUUUCGAAUAGCUGAGGUAUAACCGUCCAGAGCUACGUGUACCACAGGAGUAUAUUGGUUGAGGAAUGGCUUGAAAAUGAUACCACCGGUAGAUUUUUCUCGGGGGCUACACUGAUAGGAUACCUGUGAGAGGGGGGUCGUCUUCGUCACACGGGACCACGCAGAUUGGAAUGACGAAUGGGAUUCUAUUUUCGGUAGGUAAUAAAAGAAUAUUACAAACUCAAGUACAAUGGUUGGGGUUUUCCAUCGAAUGGCAGAAAUAAUAAUGAAUGUUUUCUUUUUUUUUGUCGCCUUGCGUGUGGAGUCGCCGUAAACACAAAUGUGUCAAGAAUCACUGAAGGUACAUCGUGUAUGAAAGUAUGCGGAGGGGGUAAUCCUACUACCUGGACGGAACUAGUGUUUUCCCGCUCCGCUUUUCGGCCUGUGUGCGUUGCUUGGUUUAAUCUCACCAGGCAAUUGGCGGAGAGUGAGAGAGGGGACGGCGGGAGGCCGCCCCCAUUACCAUCUGUCUGGCCCCUCCCUCUGUUUGGAUGUUUCUUUCGCGUUGUUGCAGUUUUUGUGGGAAAGGAGUGUGUGCA